GUGUAUCCGGAAGUUAGAGAAGUGCUUUUAGAAGUGGAGCAUUUUAAUUAUUUUUUAACCACAACCCAAAACCACAUUAAUAAUGUUUCUGGGGCGUUGUAACAGCGCGAUUAUCUGGGGCAGUUUUGCGGGCACAAGUAAACAUUUUUAUUAUUACUUUGACGUUAAACAAGGGGGAAACAGGAGACUGAUGGCACCGUUACUGAGUGUUGUUACACAGUGCUGGCGGGUUUGUCCUGCUUUCUGCAGGAUAUUUACAUUAAGGCGCGUGAAGGGGAAAACGCAACGGCUUUUUAAUAGAAGUGGACCCGACACUGGCUCUCUUUGGAAAGGAGUGCGAUGGUCAAUAGUCAGAGAGUUGAGCACCUCCAGUAAAGUGAUGCAGUAUGACCUUGCGAAAUCUGGCCACAGAAAGCUCCUCUUUGAUACACACGCCAUGGUUCAGCUUCUGGAAGAAAGUGGUUUGACAAUCCAGCAAGCUGAAGUUAUUGUUAAAGUACUGCGUAAUACAACCGACACCAAUAUGGACGUCAUGUAUAGCGAUAUGGUCACCAAGACACAGCAAGAGAUCAUGUUACAGAAGGUUAUGUCCCACAUUGCAGCUGUGAAAAAAGACAUGAUCAUUUUGGAGAAAAGUGAAUUUUCUGCUUUACUGGCAGAGAAUGAAAGAAUCAAAGUGGAGCUUGCACAGGUGACCAUGCAGCUGUCUGAUAUGUUGAAUAAAGUCCGCUUGAACAACAAGCUGGAUGUCAACUUGGACAAAAGCCAGGUCAAAGAGAUGAAAGCAGAGCAUGAAAAGAAGAUUUUAGUGGCCAGAAACCACAUGAUGGAGAUGCUUGCUGAUCAGGACCGCCUUGUGACCCAGAGUAAAAUGAAAAUCGAUACAGAAGUGGCCGGACUAAAGACCAUGCUGGAAUCCCACAAACUGGACAGUAUCAAAUAUCUUGCAGGGUCAGUGUUUACAUGUCUCACAGUAGUACUCGGAUUCUUUCGGAUAUGGAUGUGAAUGCAGAGAACCUUCACAAAACUCUACCAAAUAUAUUAAUUAUCCAGACAACCAGGAAGUCCUAAAGAGGAAACUCCUUAUAAGCAUCAUAUCGGAAUAUUCCAUUAACUGCAGCUUCUGAAUCUGACGCGUACCUACCCGAAUCUGUCUGGAUCUUACACUCCUAAUGAAGUCGCUCAUUCCUUCUGCUCCAUCUAGAUUCUCUCUGCUGCCGAGAACAACCGUUUUUGUAUUGCUUUUUUUAUCCAUCACUGCAGGUUAUUUGCGGAGGCUCUUAUUACCUGGAAUGCACUUUGUGUGAGGUGUUUGAUGUUCUGUGGCCUGCUGUCUGUGGGCUGAUAUGUAAAAACAGUUUUAAAGUUUUAUUAUUAUGUAAACUGAGCUUUCUUGCUUAUGUGUGAAGCUUUCACAUAGCACUAUUGAUGGGAUCUAACUUCUUAGGAUGUAUAUAAACCACUGGAAUUAAUGUAAUUAAGUGACCAAAGACUUAUAAAGAGUUUUUGAAUAACAUUUGGAAUGGGUUUAAAACAAAAGGCAUUGGGAGAAAGCAAAAAACAAAAUUAAAAAGUUGUUAUUUUGACUUAAUAGGUAAUGUCUUGAUGAUAUAUUUCAGGAGAGAUUUGUUUUGACUUGAUUUUUACUUAAACAUUAUUUGAUUUUUUUUAUCUAUAGCACUCUUUAUUGUAAUUUUGAGUUAUCUUGUUAUAUAUGUCUACUGUCAUUCAAUUAUCAGAAUUGUCAUCAUUUUAAUGUAAUAUCUUAUUUAAUAUCUGACCUCAGGUUGUUUUGUUUAGAAUGUUAGAUGAUGUUGCAACUUGAUUGAUUUCGUUAAUUAAACACCAACCUAUGAAUCUAUGAAGACUUUUACACUGACCAGCCAUAACAUUAUGACCACCUGCCUAAUAUUGAGUAGGUCUUUCUUUUUGCCACCAAAACAGUGACGCAUUGUGUGUUCUUACACCUUUUUAUAACAACCAGCAUAUUAACCUUUUCAUCAAUUUGAUCUACACUAGUGCUUAUAUUGGAUCGGACUACACAGGUUAGACUUCACUUUCCAUGUGCUUCAGUCAGUGGUCCUGACCACUGAAGACUAGGAACAUCCCACAAGACCUGCAGUUUUGGACUUGCUCUGACUCAGUCCUUGUUAAAGUCCCCAAAUCCUUACGUUUUAAUUUUUUUCUUCAAUCUACUUCAGGGACAAAAACGUUCACCUGCUGCCUGAUAUAUCCCACUCGUUUUCAGCCGCCAUUGUAAGGAGAUAUUGAAAAUGUAACUGUGAGAAGGGUGAAAUUGUGCUGGGUAGAGGACAGGUCUUGUGGGAUGUCCUGGUCUGCAGUGGUCAGGAUGUGCCAAAAUUGAUUCAAGGAAGGAGAACCGGUGAACUGGUGACAGGGUCAUGGGUGGCCGAGGCUCACUGAUGCACAUGGGGAGAUAAUUCUGGUUUAUGGACUCUGAACCAAUAGAAGAACUACUGUAGUUCAAAUUGAGGAAACUUUAAUGCUGGUUCCACUAGAAAUGUGUCAGAACACACAGCAUAUUGCUGUUCGUGUGGUAAAAAGUGGACCUACAGUACUGAUAAUCAGGCAGGUGGUCAUAAUGUUAUGGCUGAUCAGUGUGUAUCUUCUUACCUGAGGUGCAAACAAUAACAAAAUGAUUAAAACAUUGCAGUCAUUUCACACAAAAAGAAUAAA